AUGUUUGACCUAAAAAAUUAUGGCAGGGUGAAACCUGCUAGUGAAAUAAGCGGAUUUUCAUCCUCAGGUGAUCUAUUUAAUUCUGCAAUUCAGAAUUGCAAUCCUGCAAUUAGGAAUAUUUCACAAGAUAAUUUUCAAAAAAAAUCCAUUAUUGACAAAGAAUCUCUUGAUUUGUUUUACGUUCCAACCGAUAUUUUUACAACUUUACCUGCACAUUAUCAACUAAAUAACGAGCCGCAACCGCAGUCAGUCUUACAAAUAAGUAAUUCUAAAGUUAGGGGACAAACUAAAUCCAAAACCAGAUCCUUAGAUCUUUCAAAGCCUGCUUCAAGUCAAGUACCUUCAAUCCCACCAACCCCUAUUUCUAAGGAUAAUAGUUCUUUAGGUACAUCUAAUUCUCCUUCAGGUUGGACAAUUGUUGGAAGACGAAAAUCAAUUGCAUCUGCUUCUAACGUACCUUCAACAACAGCAAUAACGACAACUAAAAGUGAUUUUGAUAAAACUCACGAUUUUCGAUUUGGAAAGAUUGAGAUCGAGUGGUUUGAUAAUUCUGAUAAUUCUGAAAUCAUAAGUGAUACCGAAAAUAUGAGUGAAAAACAGAAAACCAAAUCAAGUAGUGAUAAAGCAGUAAUACCUGCUGGCGAUUUCAUUCCGCUUAAGUCUGGAAAAACGAAUAUUAGUUAUGGUUUACUACAUUUGUAUCGUGAUCCGAGUGAAAUUCUUCUAUCAAAAGAUGACCAAAGUUUUAUUCGAGUUGAAAAGAACAAUAAAAAUAACUCUAGUAAAUCGAUUAGUCCUGAUUCAAAGCAAACCUCUAUUGAAAAACAAGAGGACUUUCCUGAAAUACUGAAUAAUGAUGAAACAAUAUUGGCCGUAUUGGCUGUGCCUUCUUUUAUGAGUGCUUCGGAUUUUCUAGCAUUUGUUGCUCCUGUACAAAGAUUUUUUCGACAUGCACGAGCUGCUUGGGAUUUUUAUAGACAAUUUAAUGGUCGUCCUUUCAGCUCUAUGGAGCCCGAAAUAUGCCAUGUGGUCUACAUAAAAUCUAUCGAAUUCAAGUCUACAUCUAUUCCACCUGAUGCAUUUCCCUUUUUACAUGAUCCUUUUAUACCCUCUACUCAAAACGAUACAUCGAAACCUAAUGAUCAGAAUCAACAAUCCUCUGUUUUAUAUGAACUUCCAACAUGUCCUGUAUGUCUUGAAAGAAUGGAUGCAUCGGUAACUGGGUUGCUCACGAUUCUGUGUCAACACACGUUCCAUUGUGAUUGUUUAAGUAAAUGGGGUGAUAGUAGUCAGAAAAGUAACGUUUUCGAUGCAUCAUUAGGACAAAAUGAAUGCGGUGUUUGUGGUGUCACUGAGAGUUUGUGGAUAUGUCUUAUAUGUGGCAAUAUUGGUUGUGGUCGAUAUCAAGAAGCACAUGCAUAUUGCCACUAUAAAGAAACUUCACAUUUAUAUGCAUUAGAAUUAGAAACUCAAAGGGUUUGGGAUUAUGCUGGUGACGGAUACGUACAUCGUUUAAUACAAAACAAAUCUGAUGGUAAAUUAGUAGAGUUACCUGGUCCUGAUGAAAAUCCACUUCAAAUGCAACAACCACGCGCGGAAGUUGACCAGGAUAAACUUGAUGCCAUUGGACUAGAAUACAGUUACCUUUUAUCAACUCAACUUUCUUCUCAACGAGUUUACUACGAAGAAAAACUUGAGUCGGUAACUCUUCAAUUAUCAAAGCUUACAAGUCAAAUUCAAAAAUUAGAAGAAGAUUUUUCAACUUUGAAUCAAGACAGGGAUAAAUAUAAAAAGGAAAAUGAAUUACUUGAAAAAGAAAAAAUCCCAUCUUUGAUAAAAGAGAAGAAGGUUUUUGAAAAGAAAAUAGAAAAAUUCACUGAAAAAUCAAAUAAACUCGAAAAAGAGUUGAGUGGUGAGAAAGAGUUAACAAAAUCUUUACUAAUGAAGCAAGAAUAUUUGCAAUCCCAAUUGGAAAAUAAAGACACAAAAAUUAAAGAUCUUGAAGAACAAGUGCGAGACUUAAUGUUUUUCUUUUCGUCACAGGAAAAGUUGAAAGAAAAUCCAGAGUUGGCUGGUGGGAAUAUCGUUGUUUCAGAAAAUAGUGGAAACAGUGGUGGGAAUGCGAGAAAGAAAAAAGGCAAAAGAUGA